AUGGGUUUUUUCCUUCCGUACCUCCAGGUCGCUCGUAGCGCCGGAAAAUCUACCUUCCCCGCUGCCGUCGCUGGUCAGGCUGCCUAUGGCCUUCCUUUGGCCAAGUACCCAGUCCAGUGGGUGGCCCCUAAAGAAGAGCCUUCCAUGUACCUCGCCGACUCGCUCUACCCCAAGCCAGGCUACCAGACGUCCAAAAUGCUUAUUCCUCGACAAUUUCUCUCUUACCCAACCAACAACGGUACCUUCUACGGCAGCUGGCGAUAUGCUGAGCUGCGAAAGAACCAGUGGCUCUGGUGGACGACUCUUACUGUCAUCAUGAUCACGCUUAUUCGGGCUGGCGAAGGCGGAUCUUUGAACAAGUCCUGGCGAGGACACAACGACUCUUACUGGUACGGAGAAAAACACGAACUUCUGCAUAAAAUCGAAGAGCUUCAGCACAACCUCGGCCGAAUGGCUCACUAA